AUCUAGACUCUGAUCCGGAUUCAUCGAACUAUUAAUCCGCUGAUCUGAAAAUAUAAAAGCCUACCGACAUCGCGACCUUCUGAACAGUUGCACUCCGACGCAUGAACAAUGUUGAAGGUUUUGUUAAUCCUGACAAUUCUGUGCGGUUCCGUUUUGACGGAGCAACCUACGGAAGAUACGAAGCAAAGGAAACGAGGUAUCCUGGGCGGUAGCGAUGGAUGGAUCGGUAUGCCGAAUCCAUAUUCCUACGGAAACGGACAACCAUGGGCAAAUAAUCAUAAUCCAUGGAAAAGUAUUAAAUUCGCGAAUAUCAAUUUACACCAUGAAGGAUGGAACGGAUUUGGAAAUUAUGGAAGAGGAAGUUUCGCUUUAGCAUCCGGAACGGGCCAUGAACCAUUAGUGAAGACACUUCCUGUAUAUAUAACGAAACAUGUGGUCUUGGAAAAACCAGUUCCGGUUCCGGAACCAGUUUACAUAGAGAAACCAUAUCAUAUACCGGUAGAAAAGGUGAUUCCGGUACCGAUCGAGAAAAUUAUUCACAAACCGAUACCUGUACCUGUACCAGUUCCACAGGCAGUUCCAGUUCCCGUGGAACACGCUGUACCGAUACCGGUGAAACAUCCCGUAGCAGUGCCAGUUCAUCAGCCUUAUCCAGUACCGGUGAAGCAAGGAAUUCCGAUACCAGUACCAGUUCCGGUUCCAGUACACUCAUUGUAUGCUCCGAUAUUACCUGGUCCAAUUUACGGUAGAGGUUUUCCGGCCGGUCCCUUCUAUCCGUCGUUACACGAUCAAGCGCACUUUGGUCAUGGUCUUGUCGGACACGGUUAUGCUCAUGGAGUUGGUCACGGUUUCGGUUUAGGGCAUGGCUAUGGUGGUCACGGCUACGGUGGUUAUGGCUAUGGUGGCCACGGCUAUGGUAGUCACGGCCAUGGAGGUCACGGCUAUGGCCAUGGCUAUGGGUACGGACCGUAUGGAUACGAUCACGCUCGUCAUUACGGUCAUGGUUUUGGCCAUGAACGUAAAGAAAAACGAAGUAAAAAUUAAAGUAAAAUCAUAAUAGUAGGGACGAUUUACUAUUCUUAAUAUAAUUUCAAUUAAAAUGUUCAACAAGUCUUAAUAGUCUUAACUCUUGCAAAUGCGUACCAAAGUAAAAGUUUAUAAAUCUACAAACGAUCGCUAUCGCAGGUAACAUACUGCAAAUGCUUGAAUUCAUCGCUGAUGCAUACUUUAUGUGAUCUCAAGGAUGCAACAUUUCCGAACUUGACUCGACUACGCGCGAUGAAAUAGCGAUUGAAAUUAGACGACAAUAAUACAACCUUUCAAACUUAAUAAAUAAUCCAAUAAAUUGUUAAGUAAUAAUAAGAACAAUAAAUGCUAAGAUCUUAUUUAUAUUAAUGUAACAUUAAUCUUUUAGCAUAGAAUAAU